AUGGCUAGUUACAUAUUCUGGCUUUUACUGCUAUGCAGUGUGUGUUACAAUGCCAAAGGUAAGAUUAGUUGCUUUGAGUAAUGUUUUACAAUCUAUUAAUAAAUAUAAAGUGAUACAUAGCACGUCAACAGAAACUAUUAAUCUGGUCUAUAAUUCCAUUCCUAUCUAAUCUUUGGACAUGCUAUUUGUUCAAUCUUAUAUUUUAUUAAGAGAGAAUAAAAAAAUCAUUCUUUAUUAACGUAUAACCCCACUAUAUGGAGCCUAUAAUUUAAUCCUGCUUCAAACUGUAUAAUUACCUAUUAAAUCCCUUCAUUGAGUUCCACUUCCAAGUGAUAGAAAAGACACGGUCACAUUUACUACAACACAUUGUUUGGUUAAAAACUAGCAAAGCAAUUAUUAGAAACAGGAAGCAUAGCUAGAACAUUAGCAAUUUUGGGUAUACAUUGUUGUUCAGGGAUAUCUUCAAAAAGAUUAAAAAUUUAUCCAUUUACACAUAUGAUUUACAUGUAUUUGUAUAUAAUAUUUGCUUAAGAGUGCAGAAAUAUUGUCAAAUUACCUGCUCUUUAGUAUUUUCUAAAAUGAUGAUGGCAUUUCUGGAAUGCCAGACACACCUGGAUAUCUUCCUGGUGGAUUAUUUUGUAUGUUUUACUGACACCAGAACCAGUCUAAGAGGACCGUGUAAGGUAGUGAGGUUUGUGACCACAUACGUUUAAGAUAUUUCUUCACCCAUAGUCUCUUCGGUCUUGACAUUGCAUAUGGCAGAUUAAGAUUCUUAUUGCUGUCUAAUUUGAGGAUUUACUCUGGACUUAGGUUAUGUAUUCCUCUAAACCAUAUUGAGAGUUUGAUGUCUUCAAUCCUUCGAUUUGGCAAUUUUGUUUUUAUUUUCUUGUUCCACAUUGUUGUUUCGUUUUUUUUUUUAUAGGACAAUUUGUGCCAAGCAUUAGUUUCCUUUUGUAGAACGUUGUAUAUUAUCCUCAGCCUUGAUUUGGCUUGGAGGUUUACACAGAUACAAUUCACACAAUACUUUUGAACAGUCUUCUUUAUUUACUAACUACUUGUAUACACACUGACUGAUGAUGCAAUUUUUGCGCACAUUAAAGGUUUAUAUUUUAUACAAAUAAAAAUUGGUUUAAAAUGGUUCAAGAAUUAUGCACUUGUUUUUGUUAAAACAGUGUCAAGUAUUACCUGAAGCCGAUUUGGAGGCAAAUUCUAUGAUUAGCUCCAAAAUUUGUCACAUUGAAUUUACCUCAAAUAUGGAUCACAUUCUGGGGUUUUUGAUAGUCUGGUGAAAGACCAAAUUUAGGAUAGGGAUCGACCGAUAUUGAUUUUUUUAGAGCCGAUACAGAUACCGAUAAUCUGUGAACUUUCAGGCCGAUAGCUGAUAACUUACUGAUAUUCUGUACAUUUACCAUUUUGAAAAAAUAAAACUAUUUCUAAAGGUAAAUGCACAAAAUAUACAUGCCACGUGUAGUGGAUGCAGUGUGUUUAGACAGCGGAGCUGUCUGUGUUUGUGUAGUGGAUGCAGUUUGUUUUUGUGUAGUGUGUGUAUAUAAUGAAUGCAGUUUGUAUUUGUGUAGUGUGUAUAUAUUGAAUGCAGAGUGUGUUUGUGUAGUGUGUAGACUGAAUGCAGAGUGUGCUUGUGUAGUGUGUAUAUAGUGUGUGUGUGCAGGGUGUGUAGUGUGCGUAAAGUGAAUGCGAUGUGUAUAGUGAAUGUAGUGUGUGUAUAUAAUGAAUGCAGUGUGUUUGUGUAGUAUGUGGAUAGUGAAUGCAGUGUAAUUUGUUUGAGUGUGUGUAUAUAACAAAUGCAGAGUGUGUGUGUGUGUGUGUUUCUGUAGGUAUGUAAUUUGUGUAAAAUGGGGGGGUAGAGGCAUUUAAAAAAUAUAUAUUUUUUUUAAUUAACUUUUUUUUUAAAGGCCAGGGAGGGGGGAUAUGCCAUGGACUGUGCAGUGGGGGCCCAGCAAGCGCUUACUUACCGUCCCGGCAGCUCCCUUCAGCUCCCCUGUGUAAAUCUCUGCGGGACUCGUGAGAUUUAGACAGGGGAGCUGAAGGGAGCUGCUGGGAAGGUAAGUAAGCAUUUCCUGCGGGCCCUCCAGGACCGCCGGGCUUGUUAUGGGCCCGGCGGUCCUGAUCUGUAUUAUCGGCAAUAUCUAUAUGCAGAUACCGAUCUAUAUAUAUGGCAAUCUCUAUUUGCCGAUAACAAUAUUGCCAAAAAUACAGAAUAUCGGCCAGACUGAUAAUCGGUCGAUCCCUAAUUUAGGACCCAUUUCAGCUUGAGAGAAUGAACCCACCAUUAUCUUCACAUUAUAAAAGGUGUCAUGUGAAAUAUGUUUUUGCUAAAAGAUUGAUAGAUUUAAGAUUUUCAAGAAUGCGUUUCACAAUUUUGGUUAUAUCAUAUUCAGUCUUUAGUAUAUAACCCCCAAAUUAUUUGUGUUUAUGUAGUAUUCCUUCUCAAGAAAAGAAAACAUAUUUGCAGAAAAAAUAACAUUACUGUUGUGACACACAAUGUCGGAUGGUCUUCCUCUCGAUGUAGAACUGCAGUCUCCACUUUGAAAGUGGUCAAAUAUCUAUCUGUCUUCAUUUUGAUGUCUAAGGGGGUUUGUGAACAACUGAUCCUCUGAAUAAGGUUCAAUGUUUGGUACACAGUCAGUGUAGUUGCUUGCCCAAUAAACAAACUUCUAUUCUAUUGUGUCCAUGUUUUAAAAAGCAUCAAAUUAGGGAACAUUCUUCAAUACGCAACUUGUGGACGCUUGCAAGGAAUAUACAGUCAUACGUUUGACAGUAGGUUCUCAGUUGACCCAAAUUAUAUUUGUAGACUCUCUGUUUGUGAAUAUAAUGUUUAUGUGGAAAAUUUGUCUGCCAUCAGAAAUAGUAAGUCCUCCUAAAAAAACACAUUGUGGAUGCCCUCUGGCUCACAAAUCCAAACAUGUACACAGAUACAAAGGUACAGACACAAGAAGAUUCCCUGAAAUUCACAGAGAUAUGCUCUGUCAGAUAAUGUAGUUGGUAAUCGGCAGCAAUAAUAUAACCAAAGUAAAGAACCAGUAGAGGCAAGGCAGAGACCUAGACAGAAUAGCAAAGGAUCAGUCCCGACAGCAUGGGUUUAUAAAUGGGGAGUCAGGCAGAAAAGUCAGGUAUCAGAAGGUCAACAAUAGCAAGAGAACACUGGUUGUAGCCCGAGGGGGCCCAGUACAACUGAGCAAGGAGGACUCGGCAACUGGCAAAUAUACAAGAGGGCGAGAAUCACCCUCCCUGUUCAAAAGAGUCUAGAGGUAGAGAGGCAGACUGCAAGAGAGAAUUGGCAGAUCUGGGCCAGUCUGCGAGCCUUUCUUUGAUGGCUCCCAGUGCUCAGAAGAGCGACACAAAGUUUUGCUAAGCUGACCUAAGUCGGAGGCCUUGACAUGUGCAGGCCUGGCGCCUCAUGGAGAGAGGGGAGAGACACAAAACCAGUAGAAACCAGUAUGGGCUUUCAUAUCCUCAUGGCAUCACUCAGCAGAAUAUACAUGGGUGGAAAACAAGAUACAUGUAUAAAAAAUGGAUGCACCACUAUGCAGUCACCAUAUUUAUUGCAUGCUAGGAUGCUGCUCAUGUUAGACUUAUGUUGGCUCUGCUUUCGCCAGAUGGAGUAUACUACAUAUAUGGUGGGAAUGUCCUGGUGUACAGACCUUUCGGAAGGUGGUUUAUAAAGUUAAUUUUUAGAUUGUCCUUCUCUGUAUAUCCCAGCAGCACUGCUCCUGCACCACACCUCUCAGCCAGCUAAGACGUGCACGAAGUAGUAAUACGCUUACUAAAUGUAGCUGAGGUUACCCAUUACAUGGAGCCACAAGGACUCCCCUUCCUCGUCCCCCGUUUGAAUAGCACAUGCCAUGUGUCCUCCUCUGUGUGUUGAAGAUAUCCUUUCUUUCUCCCCCCCCCCCCUUAUGGUUUAUUUUCUAUUGCCAUCCACUCACUUUUCUUCACCUCUCUACUACUUCUUUGAGCAUGUUCCCUGCCUCUGCUCUAUCCUUUACUUCCUUUGAAGUUCACACUGUCUGCAUAUUUAACAUCUAUAUACAUUUCUGCUACAAUCAAGGAAGAGAUCUUUAACCUCUCUCCCUCCCCUUACAAUACAUCACCCAACCCCACUCCCUCCGCUGUUGUAUGCUCAUUCGCACCAACUGAAACUGGAGAGGUUUCUGCUCUGCUCCAGUCCUCCCGCCCCACAACCUGUUCCCUUGAUCCUAUUCCCUCAUAUCUCAUCCACACUCUGUCUCCCUUUUUUGCUCUUCCUCUCACUUAAAUGUUCAAUUUCUCCCUUUCCUUUGGCACAUUUCCUUCACCCUUCAAGCAUGCAACCAUAACGCUGAUUCUGAAAAAGCCCAACCUUGACCCCAACUCCCCAUCCAACUACUGCCCUAUAUCGCUACUGCCAAGAUCCUUGAGAGUGUUGUGCAUGCGAGAUUGACAGACUUCCUUGAAUCCAACUCCGUGCUUGACCCGCUUCAAUCUGGAUUCCACGCUCGUCACUCUAUUGAAACAGCCGUGACCAAAGUAUCCAAUGAUUUAAUCGCUGCUAAAUCUCGCGGCCAUUACUCUAUCCUAAUUGUCCUUGAUCUUCCUGCUGCCUUUUACACUGUUGAUCAUCAACAGCUUCUUCUCAUUCUCCGCAAUCUUGGUCUACGAGAUAUUGCUCUCUCCUAGUGCUCCUUCUACCUCUCCCAGCGCUAUUUCAGUGUUUCUUUCUCUGGCUCUGCCUCUCCUCCCCAACCCCUCUCUGUUGGAGUUCCCCAAGGUUCUGUCCUUGGUCCCCUACUGUUCUCUAUCUAUACUGCUUCCCUUGGUAAACUCAUCAGCUCCUUUGGCUUCCAUUAUCAUUUAUAUGCAGAUGACACGCAAAUCUACCUGUCCUGAUCUCUCCCCACACAACUUGACUCAUGUCUCUGAAUGCCUCUCAGCGAUUUCUAACUGGAUGGCUGCUCACUUCCUUAAACUCAACCUGUCCAAAACAGAACUUCUGGUCUUUUCCUCCCUCAAGUGUUGCUACUCCCGUGUCUGCCUCCUUCCAAGUCAACAGCGCCACCAUCACCUCUACCUCGCAGGCUCACUGCCUAGGUGUUCUCUUUGACUGACUCCGACCUCUCCUUCAACCCUUAUGUCCUGUCGAUCGCCAAUUCCUGCCACAUGCAUCCCAAAAACAUAGCUCGCAUCCACCCUUAUUUAACACCAGACGCAGUUGCUGGUCCAUGCCGUUAUUCUUUCUCGCCUUGACUACUGCAAUCCCCUCUCUGUCAGUCCCUACAUUGGCUUCCAGUUAGAUAUAGGGCUGAAUUUAAGAUUCUGGUGCUUGCUUACAAGUCCCUACGUAAUGCUGCUCUAACCUACUUAUCCUCCCUAAUACACAAAUAUGUCCCGUCGAGGCCCCUACACUCUGCUGAAGACCUACACCUAUCCUUUGUCUGUACUCACACAUCUGAUGCUCGCCUCCACGACUUCUCCAGGAUUGCCCUUUUUCUGUGGAACUCAAUUCCCUUCUCCGUUAGACUUUCAUCCAGUCUCCACUCCUUCAAAAAAAUCUUUGGAAACACACUUCGUCAGGACAGCAUAUGAUCUAAACUGUUAGCGGGUUUUCACCUCCCCCGUGCCCCCAUGACUCCUCUCCUGCAACUAUCAAAAAUGGAUACAAUUGCAGAAAGAUAAGUCCUGCGCCCACUCCCAUCACCACUGGGCGGCAGCAAAGACAACAGUACACAUCAUCCCCAAUAUAUAGUAAAAACCAAAGAAAAACAAGUUACCUGCGCUCUCUCCUUAAUCCCUAUGUAUUGUUAAACAAAUGGAGGUUUUUUAGUUAGCUCCAAUGGUCCCCCCAGGUGGCCAUUGGAGGUAACUAAAAAAACUCCAUUUGUUUAAAAAUACACAGGGAUUAAGGAGAGAGCGCAGGUAACUUGUUUUUCUUUGGUUUUAACUGUCAAAAAUAACCUACUAAGCUCUCAGUGAAUACUUUUCAAGCAACCUAUUUCAUUACCCCUACUUAUACCCUUUGUGUCACUAUACGCCACUCCCUCUAGCAUGUAAGCUCAUUGAGCAGCAUGUAAGCUCAUUGAGCAGGGCCCUCAACCCCUCUGUUCCUGUGCGUCCAUUUGUCUGGUUACAGUUAUGUGUCUGUUUGUCCACCCAUUGUACAGCUCUACAGAAUUUGCUUGUGCUAUAUAAAUAAUAAAAUAAUAAUAAUAAUUAGUGUUUUUCAGUAUAUGCUUGGAGCUAGGGGCCCAAAGGUGUUGAUCUUUGUUUAUGACUCUCAUUGCAACACCAAUUAUCUCUAUGGACUCAAUGGUAUAACUGUUCCUUUGCUAUCCGUCUCAAUUAACUGUGGUUUCAUUGCAGGUGAAAGCUGUGAUCUGCCCAAUGUGGAGAAUGGAAAGAUUGCCCAGUAUUUUUACAUUUUCAAAAAGUUUUAUUUUCCCAUGGAAGUAGGGAAGAAGUUAUCUGUGGCUUGUACUGCUGGCUACACCAGUCAAUUGGGAAAACAGGAGGAAACUAUCACGUGCACUUUGCAGGGUUGGGAACCUGAACCAAUAUGCUUCAGUGAGUUGUUUUUUUUAGCUAAAAAUAUUAGUUUUAAUUCUUCAUAAUAUACAUACAAUGUCCAUCAACAGGUAGCUCACAUUCAGCUUAAACAUUUUCACUUAAAUGCUUUCUAUCAUAUUAUAUAUUUAACUCAUUAUAGCUGGUCUAAACUAGGAUCCAUAAGUGUUUUUGAAAGUCUUGAUCCAUAGUCUGAUAGUGGUUGAUUGGGACCAUUGUAUUGACGUAAUCGACAUUCACCGUUUACUGAUGAUUUAUUCAUCAAAAUUAAAAUGGGGGUCUGAGAAACAAUGGGACACAGUGUGGGUGAUUAAAUAUAAUAAGUUGAAGGACACAAGUAAGGUUUGAAAGACACGGGACAUUAAAAACAUUAGGAAAUGAGAGAACAGAACCGAGAGAUACAGGAGAUAAAAGACAUGGGAGAUGAGGAUCAUUAGGGAACAAUGUGAGACACAGGAAGGUGGUCAGAGACUAAUGGAAAACUGACAAAAACCUCACUGACUGACUGACUGAGAAUGGGUGUACUGAGAGACAUAAGACAGUCUAAAAGGGAGAGACAUACAAGUGUCCCUAUUUUGGAGGAACAGUCCCUAUUUUGGGUCCAAAUUGCUCUGUCCUUUUUUCGUUCCUAAUGUCCCUCUUUCCUAGGAGUUCCAUAUUGUUGGUGUGUCUGUUUGUAUAACACAGAUCCAUGGCUAUAAUACUCAUAGUAGUAUGUCUUUAAACUACCGCAAAUGUAUUUAGAAAUCAGGCUGCGUGAAGAAGAUACAUUGUUCUUGUUCUAAAUUGUUUUAGAUUCAUAAAUUGUUAUUAGUAAAUCAGCUAAAAAUUCUCUUAACACCCUGGUCACACCCCCACUCACACCCUCAAAAUUAAGAUGUUCCACUUUGUCCAUUUGAAAAGUUUAAAGGCAUACAUUCAGGCAAAAUGGCAGAUAAGAGACUGAGAAACACUUAGUGGAUUUAGAAAGAUUUAGAAAGAUGGUAAUGAGAAACAAAAUGGCCUUAGUCACAUUUGUACUGAGUCAUAAGAAAAUGAGAGGCCCAAGCCCAGUGGCAGCACUGAACAUUAUAUGGGACUUGGACAUGACCUCUAGUCUACAUAUGGACUCAUCAUUAGUUGUGCACUUUGCAACAUGGAGCUAUCCCAUCCACCGCCAGAUGUCCUCAAAUCUGGAACCCUAGCCUUUGGCUAUACAUUUGAAUAUUUUUAUUCAGUUUUACUCCCAUAAAGUAUUAUAUCCUGGGAAUUGUACAAGUGUGAUGAACUGAGUCGCUCAUUGACUAAAUGGGAAUAUUUUAUGCCAUUUAAUAAACUAACCUGCAUAUCUGAUAGAGCCCAAAUGCUACUUCUGCAUUUCAGUAGGACUGUACCAGCAUCCUCAGUUUGAAUUCUGACAGGGUCAAGCACAUUAGAUACCCGUAUGAGUAAACCUGCACUGUAUCCUAGUUUAGUUCUAUGAACUAAAGAUAUAAUCGAAAUCAUAUAUACAUUACAGGAAAUAAAUAGUGACUGUGAUUUAUAUCUUAGUCCCUUGAGAUGAUGUCAGUGACCACAAACACAUAAUGUGCAUCUCUCACUAAGCCACCAAAUAUAUUCAUUAUAGGCAUGACAUACAAUGACCACGAUUUAUCAUUUUAUUUGUUUAUUAGAAAAGUGCAUGAAACCUUCCUUGGAGAAUGGAGUUGUAUUUAACGCUAAGGAAUUGUAUAAAACACUAGAGAAGGCACAAUAUGAAUGCUUGGAUGGGUACACUACAUCAUCUGGAAAUAAAACUGAAGAAAUAGUGUGUUCAUCCAAUGGCUGGGCUCCCCAACCACAAUGCCACCAAAUAUCUGGUAUGUAUUUUUUUGUUUGAUUUGUGGAAAAUGCUAACAUAACAAUAAACCACCAAGAGUAAACUGAAAAACUACAAAAUGGAAAAGGAGCAGUCAGGACUGUAAUUUGCAAAGUCACCUGACUGUGACCUUGCUGGUGGGAACCGGUGGCCAUAGGGGGCAGGUAAAGGUGAGAUUUACUUACCUGCUCCUGUCUCUCAUGAUUGCCGCCAUCCUAUGGUCCUCUUCAGCUCCUAGUGCUUCAGCUGCCAGCUGUCAGAGUCAGUGCGGUACUCUCGCACAUAAUCAAGAGUACAGUACUGAGGUCAACGGAGGAUCCAGAAAGAGAUUUUUAUGACAUAAAUUAAUGUGGGAAAUGACAAGCUUGACUAAAUGUAACUCUGCCUUUUUGUUAAGCUUGUCAAGCAUAGGAAAAACCCGGAGACAAUGCAAUCCCUAGUCUGUCUCAGCAUAUCUUUUUUUUUUUUAAAUUCUUUAUUUUCUGUUGUGCAUGAAAUAACAACAUGCUUACUCAGCCACGUUGUAAGCGGUAACAGGCAUAACAUACAAAACAUGACCAAGUAAUAUACAGCACAAUUUUACAUUUUUUUGAGAGAAAACCCACAGUGUGCAAGUUUGUUUUCCUGGCACUAUAGUUUCCCUUUAACUGGUGAGUACUAAGUACCAACUCAUUUUUACCAACUCUGUUAGCGUUUUGUCAGUAUUUUCUUUGCAAUAUUCUUUCAUACACUUGCCCUCUUAUAUUGUGUUUCCUAAUUGCGUAAAUAAUAUGAUACCAGGUAUGUUUGUUUGUUUGUUUACCUGUCUAUCUAUCUAUCCUUAAAUUUUUGCUAAUUGUUUUUCCUGUUCAAUUACAUUUAGACAGGUGUGAAGCCCCUCUUCUUGCCAAUGGACACUAUGCUUCAUUAAAAAAUAUUUUCCGUGUUAAGGAUGUCCUAGAAUUUAAGUGUGAUGAAGGAUAUCGAACUGCAAGUGGAAGAACAGCAGAUAGGGUAGAAUGCCUUCUAAGAGGAUGGUCUUCUGUCCCUCAGUGCACACGUGAGUUAAUGAAUACAAAUAUGGUCGGAUGAGUCUGGGUAUUGGCAGUCCAAUCAUUAUUUUUUUGUCUAUUCAUGAUUCAACUUGAAAAAAAUCUAAAAACAAGCUGCUGUAUGCAUAUCACAUCUAAACUAACACUUCUUUAGCAGCUACCCUAAAAGCUAGCAGCUAAUAAAAUGUGUAAAACAUUAAAUACCUAUUAAUGUAAUUUUACCAGGAAUAUCCUGCAUCGUCAGCAUACAGCUGCUGAACUUAAAAGGACACUAUAGUCACCAAAACAGCUUUAGCUUACUGAAGCAGUGUGGGUGUGUAUAUCAUGCCCGUGCAGUCUCACUGCUAAAUUCUCUUCUAUUUAGGAGUUAAAUUACUUUUGUUUUAGUUUAUGCAGUCCUAACCACACCUCCCGUGGCUGUGACUGACACAGUCUACAUGAAAAAACAAUGUUUCAUUUUCAAUCAGACCUAACUUAAAUCACACACAGGAGGCUCCUGCAUGGUCUAGCAAGCUAUUAACAGAGUAGGAGAUAAGAAAUUCUAAAUUAAACAGAAUUUGCGAUAAAGGAAGUAUAAACAUUAGAUCUCGCUUUUUUUAUUAUUAUUAUUAUUAUGAUAUUUAUAGAGCGCCGUCAAAUUCCGCAGAGCUUUGCAAUGGGUGGACGAACAGACAUGUAGUUGUAACCAGACAAGUUGGACACACAGGAACAGAGGGGUUGAGGGCCCUGCUCAAUGAGCUUACAUGCUAGAGAGAGUGUAAAAUGACACAAAAAGGUAAGGAUAGUAUUAGACUAAUGACAGUUGCAGAAGAGGAGUCAGUCAGGAGCUAUUAACAGUUUAAGUGAUACGCUUUUAUGAAGAAGUGGGUUUUUAAUGAUUUUUUGAAGGAGUGGAGACUGAGUGAGCAUCUAACGAAGGAGGGAAGCGAGUUCCACAGGAACGGUGCAGCCCUCGAGAAAUCUUGAAGGCGAGCAUCAGAGAUGGGAGUACGGACAGACGAUAGACGUAAGUCUUCAGCAGAUCGUAAGGGCCUAGACGGGACAUACUUGUGUAUAAGGGAGGAUAGAUUGGUGGGAGCAGCAUUAUGUAGAGAUUUGAAAGCAAGAACCAGAAUUUUAAAUUUUAAAUUGAGCUCUAUAUUUUAUAGGAAGCCAAUGUAGGGACUGACAGAAGGGUGAGGCAUGGGAGGUGCGGGCGGACAGGAAAAUGAGCCUCGCUGCCGCAUUCAUUAUGGACUGUAACGGCGCUAGUUGGGAGCACGUAAGACCACUGAGAAGCGGAUUACAGUAGUCAAGGCGAGAAAGGACAGUGGAAUGGACCAACAUCUUAGUCGCAUCAGGCGUUAAGUAGGGGCGGAUGCGCGCAAUGUUUUUGAGAUGAAAAUGACAGGAUUUGGAGAUAGAUUGAACAUGAGGCUUGAAGGAGAGGUCGGAGUCAAAGAGAACACCUAGGCAGCGAGCCUGCGUGGUGGAGCUGAUGGUAGCACCGUUGACUUGGAGGUAAACAGACACAGGAGUAACAACACUUGAGGGAGGAAAGACCAGAAUUUCAGUUUUGGUCAAGUUUAGUUUAAGGAAGUGGGCAGCCAUCCAGUUAGAAACAGCAGAGAGGCAGUCAGAGACACUAGUCAAGAGCGACGGGGAGAGAUCAGGAGAGGACAGGUAGAUUUGCGUGUCAUCUGCACAGAAAUGAUAUUGGAAGCCAAAGGAGCUAAUGAGUUUACCAAGGGAGGCAGUAUAGAUGGAGAACAGUAGGGGACCAAGGACUGAACCUUGGGGGACACCAACAGAGAGGAGUUGGGGAGAAGAAGCAGAGCCAGAGAAAGAAACACUGAAAGAGCGCUGGGAGAGGUAGGAGGAGCACCAGGAGAGAGCAGUAUCUUGUAGACCGAUAUUGCGGAGGAUGAGAAGAAGCUGUUGAUGAUCAACAGUGUCAAAAACCGCAGACAGGUCAAGGAGAAUUAGGAUAGAGUAGUGACCAGGAGGACUGGAGCAGAGCAGAAACCUCUUCCAAUGUAGCGGGUCCGAAUGAACAUAGAACAGCAGAGGGAGUGAAGUUAGGGGAAGUAUUGUAAGGGGAAGAAGAAAGAUGAGAGAUCUCUUCUCUGAUUGUAAAGAUCUUGUCAGUGAAGUGAGUUGCAAAGUCUGAGGCGGUCAAGUUAGUAGGUGGAGGAGGAACAGCAGGGCGAAGAAGAGAGUUAAAUGUGUGAAAUAGUCGUUUGGGUUCGCGGGAGAGUGUGGUUAUGAGGGUAUUGAAGUAAUUAACCUUUACAGAGGAAAGAGCCACGCUAUAUGAGCUCAGCAUAAAUUUAUAGUGGAGAAAGUCAGAUGCACAGUGAGACUUUCUCCAACAGCGUUCAGCAGUUCUGGAGCAUUUUUGGAGGUAUCAAGUGAGCUUGGUGUGCCAGGGUUGUUGUUGGGGGGGCCUGCGGCGUUUAAAUGUACAAGGUGCCAUGAUGUCUAGUUGAGAGGAGAGGGUGGAAUUGCAGAAGGAGGUUGCAGAACUAGGACAGGUGAGGUUUGAGAUAGGUAAAAGAAGAGUUUGGAGAUUAGUGGAGAAAUGCUCUAGGUCAAGACAUUGGAGGUUUCUGUGAGAGUGAUGUUCAGACGGUGGUGUCAAUUGGGUCUUAGGUAUGCCAAUGUCAAAAGCUUUUAAGAAAGUGAAGGCUGUAAAAGUCACAUGCAGGGAGGUGGUCUGACUAGGGCUACAUAAACAAAGUGAUUUAACUUCUAAAUGGCAGGAAAUUAAGCAAUUAAACUGCAGAGGCAUGAUCUAUACACCAAAGCUGCUUUAUUAAGAUAAAGUUGAUUUGGUGCCUAUAGUAUUCCUUUAACCCCUUAAGGACACAUGACAUGUGUGACAUGUCAUGAUUCCCUUUUAUUCCAGAAGUUUGGUCCUUAAGGGGUUAAAUACAUGAAUAGUAUGUUCUUGUUAUUUUAGUAUUUUUUUUAUGCUUCAACAUUAUAAAAGAGGAUAUAUAUACAUGUGUUUUAAAACACGUGACUCAAUAUCCCCUAAUCCUUUUACUGACAGGGCCGAGAACCAGUGAAUUAGACAUCAAAUGGCCUUCCUUAUGGUUAGACUUUAUAGAACUUGAGAAUGACUCAGCUUAUUGCUGUGCUUGACUGUAAGAGAACAAAAUGCAAAGACUCUAAUGUAUCUUUGUUGAUGGUAAAAUUUCCUUGCUGCCACCUGUGCCAUAGUAACUCUAUAUUUUAGCACAACUGCAACAAAUUUUUUAGAAAGGAGUUUAAAAAAAAAAAAAAAAUAUGUACUUAAAUGAAUCUUUUUACUUUACUUCUACUUUAUGCAUGUUUAUAAUGUUUUUAACUUUUUAAAGUUAAAUGUGAAAACAAUAAUGUAAAUUGAAAUUACCCUUAACUGAUGAUUAAUGAAAUCCUUGCAGCGAGACUAAAUAUUUGAUAUCUGGUUUGAUUUCGUAAGGAACAAAUGAAGGUCUAACCUUUUCAAUUUUUUUUCUAUUCUAUUUUUUUCUGUGUGUGUAUGUGUAAAGCGUGCAGUGUGUGUGUGAAGAUGCAGUGUGUGUGAGAGAUGCUGUGUGUGUGUGUGUGUGUGAAGGGUGCAGGGUCAUGUUUAACAUGGGGCAAAAGGGGCACAAUGCAGCUGCUCCUAAGGCCCGCCAGCCGACAUGGUGCGUGUCCAUAUGCCUUUCUGUGUGUCUGUAUGCAUAUCUGUUUGUCUGUAUGUGUAUCUGUGUGUCUGUGUGUGUAUUUGUCUGUAUGUGUGUCUGUGUGUAUAUGUUUGUAUGUGCGUCUGUAUGUCUGUGCAUCUGCAUGUGUGUCAGUGUGUAUAUCUGUAUGUAUGUCUGUGUAUCUGAAUGUCUGUGUGUGCUCCUGCAUCUCUGUGUGUCUGUAUGUGUGUCAGUGUUUGUAUCUGUGUGAGUGUCAUUCUGUGUAUCUGAAUGUGUAUCAUACUGUGUCUGUGUACCUGCAUGUGUCUCUGUGUAUCUGUAUGAGUGUUAGUGUGUGUCAGUGUGUGUAUCUGUGCAUCUAUAUAUGCAUGUGUGUUAGUGUGUGUCAGUGUAUCUGCAUGUAGGUCCAUUUAUGUAUCUGUAUGAUAUUGUGUGUAUGUGCAUGGAUCUCACUGUGUUUGUCCAUUUAUCUGUAUGUGUUAGUGUGCCUGUUUAUCUGCAUGUUUCUCAGUGAGUGUAUCUGUGGAACUCUGUAUCUCCAUGUGUCUCUCUGUAUGCACUUGUGUGUCUGUGUAUUUUUCUUUGUAUGUCUGUACCUGUGUAUGUGAGUAUAUCUAUGUAUGUCAGUGUUUGCAUCUGUAUUUGCAUCAGUGUGUAUAUUUUGUCUCAGUGAAAAAUGAGUGCGGCUAAGUGUGUGUUUGUUUUUUUUGUUUUGGUGUCGAGGGCGUGAUUGCAUUCUAGGAACUGGGAGGGUUAGGUCCAGGGGACCCAAGCAAAUGCUUGCCCAGGGUCCAAUCAGUAUUGAAGACGGCCCUGGAAGGGUGCAGUGUGUGUGAGGAAGACAGUGUGUGUUUGUGUGUGAGGGGUGCAGUGUAUGUAUGUGUGGGGAAGUCUGUGUGUGGUAGUGUGCGUGAGGGGUACAAUGUAUGUCAGAGUGUGUGAGUGGUGCUGUGUGAGACAGGUGCAGUGUGUGUAAGAGGUGCUGUGCGUGUGAGGAGGCAGUGUGUAAGGGAGGCAGUGUGUGUGUGUGUAAGGUGCAUAGGUUGUGUGUGGGUGAGUGAGAUGUGAGAAAAUGUAUUUUAAUAUCUCCUCCUCCAGUCUUCUUACCUUUGGCCGGGGGGGGGGGACAUGACGCUGUAAGCCCUGGUAGUCCAGUGAUUGCACGUUUGCAUUAACCUGUAGCUCCUCUGGAUGCAGGCUCACUCUUCUGUCCUCUUGCGAGCACAGCACUGUAUCAAAGUCUUGCCAUGUUAAUGUGUGGCAACGCACUGACCAACAUGCUCAUGGGAGGAAACUGCCAGCGGGCCGAUAAGGGUGAGGCCAAAACAUUCCACCGCCCACCAUGAAGUUUGAAUUGCCCACUAGUGGGUGGUAGAGACCAGGUUGACGACUUCUGCUCUGCUCUCUGUUUUUCAGUGGGAAACAUUGGACCAUGGCCCAUUGUGUUAUCAUGCAACAGAAUCCCAGACAGACCCUUCUUCAAAAUACACUCUCCUAGACUGCAGUAUAGCCUUUAUGAAGUGUUGAGAGCUCAUCCUAUGUAGUUGUAGUAGAAAUGUGGAACUGCACUCAAUCCCAAGUAUUAUGUAUCUGGCUGCAACCAGGCCUGUCCCAGUAGAAAAUAGAAGAAAGGUCCAGGCACUCUAAGAUACAAAAAGGCAAAUUUAUUAUACCCACUGUCACUCACAACGUUUCAACCUAUACGUGACAUAAAUUUAUAGAUGAGCAUAUUGAAUGUAUAAAUCCUUAAUUACUCAUACAAAACAGUAUCAGUUCUGAGGGAUUAGAAGAGUAAGUAUUACUUGUAAAUAAAUCAGACAUGCCUUCCAUGAAUUGUUGUUAUGAUUGUAUAUAAUUUAAUACCUUGCACCAGAAUUGUUCCAUAAACACAUUUAGAAUCUCUAGUACUUUAUUUAAAGUGAACGAAUGACACUGUAAUACACUGGCACGACUUUGUAAAAUAUAUUAGAGUAUUGCAGAAAUCAAUGGUAUGAAAAUAUCAUUAUUUUAAAAUGUAAUUUUAUUUUUUAGAACUGAUCUGUGAAAAGUUGUCACUGGUGGAAAAUGGAGGUUUUUACCCUUUGAAAGCAUCCUAUGCAGACAAGGAUGUGGUACAGUUCUUUUGCAGGGAAAACUACAUCCUUAAAGGUUCAGAACUGAUUCAGUGUUACUCCUUUGGAUGGUACCCCAGUCCCCCUAUAUGUGAAGGUAAAGAAGACUUUUUUUAGAAGAAAUUAUUUGGUUGAAUUCUAAAGGUUUCUCCAUUAACCUUACAAAGUCACAGAUUAUCAGGCUAUAAACUCAGAGUCUCGGAUCAUAUGUGCUGGGCAGGUUAACAUGCUAUAUGUAUGCACAAAUGGCAGGGCUCCUGCAAAUUUAGGAUGCUGAUUUCCAUAAUAUAUCCCCCUACCAUAGAAAGGAGGAUGUCCAUGAUUUUCUUAAGAAUAGCAAAAACAGUAUAUAAUUAAAUGUUGAUAAAACAUUAAUUGCACCAUAACCAUUACAACAACAUACCUCCCAACUAGACUAAACCUAAUGGGAGACCCACAUUUUUUACCUGUUUUCUAGUGUCUCAGGAUAGAAAAAUGUUCACAUAAAGCACAGCACAAGACAAUUACAAGACUAUUCCAGGCCAUCCCUGUCCCCAAAAGAGCAUCAGUAUCACACAUAUGAGGCUAUAACAGGCAAUUAAAAGAGGAGGUAAGAAAUUCUGAAAGAAACAGAAUGUGCAAUAAAGGAAGUUUAAAAAUUAGAUCUCUCAUUACAUGAAGUGUUUAGGAAGGCUGUGUGAUUAUCAGGCAGAGGAGGUGUGUCUAGGACUGCAUAAACAAAGUGAUUUAACUCCUAAAUAGCAGGGUAUUGAACUGUGAGGUUGCAGGUGCAUGAUCCAUACACCAAAAUUGCUUCGUUAAAACAAUCCACUACCCCCCCAAAAAUAAAAAAAUAAUAAUCACUAUUUUAUUGAUAUACCACCGCUAAAAACACACAUGCAUUUAAAGGGACAUUAUAGACAACCAGACCACUUAAGGGUAUUGUCCCUGUCUCAAUAACCCUGCAAUGUAAAAUAUUGACAUUUUUUAAAAGUAAGAAAGGAAGAUAACAUAAAUGCUAUUUAAUGAAAUCACUCUAGGUUCAGAAUUUAAAAUAGCACAUAAAACUACAAUUCAACACUGGAUGAAAAAUUAGGCCAAUGUACACUUUAAAAGUAUCUUUAGAAAAUAAAUUUAAACUUUAAUCAAAUGUAUGGGUUAGAGCAGAGAGUAUGACUGCAGUGCAAGAUAUUAUUGUCAUAGAUUUGCAUUUAUAUGCAUACAUAAUUUGGCUAUUAUUAACAUAUGGUAAUAUACUUAGUUAAAAUUACAAAUUCACCACUUAAAGUUUCAAAUAUACUGCUAUGCAACAUCUACAUAUAAUAUAAAAUGGGAUAAGGCAACUAUACGUAGACUUGUAAGCAGACAGCAAACACUGGUAGUAAGGGAUACCCCCAGCCCCUUACUGAUUAAUACAAAGUAAGAUAAUACAAAAUAUAUGUAAAGGUUGUGCCUAAAUAAAAAGUCCAAUAGAAUAUCAGAUGCUUGGAGUACUCUUCACUUGUAAAUCAGCUAGACUUCUAAAGGUGGCAGGUUGUGACGAUACCUUACCUGUUCCACUCAGACCCGCACGGCACGGCUUCCUCUCCUCGCACUUCCGGGAGGCGGCACAUUCCUUCUGACGCUGGUCGCUCUGAAAAUGCCCCUUUUUAUAAUGCAGCGCAUGCACGCCGAGGUCAGAUCAAUUCUGCCGCACCUUUUGGGGGCGUGGAUUUAAAGUGAAAGACACUACACUAUAAAAGGGCGCCUUUUACAGUUAGUGAGCACCCUAUUGUUGUUCUAGUUAGUUCCCUUUAGUGCUCUUGAGAUUCUGUGUUGUAUUCUGGUAUAUUGACUUUUGGCUAUUCCUCUGACUAUUCUACACUCUGGUAUCCUGACUUCGGCUUGUAAUUCCGUUUAUCUGUCUUCCGUACUCCCUGACUUUCAGCUAUUCUCAGACUACUCUUUGACGUUUAAACCCGGCCAUUCUAAGGUCCGGUAACAUGUCUCUUUCUGUAUUACUUUCUGUGUGUUGGGGUCACUGUCGUGACACAGGUAUAUGUAAUAAAGAACAAGAUAACCGGUAAUGGUGCAGAGUAUCUAGUACCAAGUGCACAUCAAACAACAAAGAGGUCUAUGAUGUAGCACUCACAUUUAGUAGAGUUAUAAAACCAGCUCUGAGUAUAACAGCGUGCAGAUGUACAAUCCCCACUGACAGAUAUGUUGUUCUAGGAGUCUGUCACUCGGCAUAUAGGUGGAUAUAUACAAAGAUAUAAAAGGCAAAAAAUAGUGAUCUCUGUAAACUGUACACUAGUAAUUAUACAAGUAAAAGUAAUUACUAACAUUUUAUGGAGCAAUAUACACUUGCUCAUGUAUUAACGCUUGGGUGGUACAAUGCCCACCAAGGAUAUAAUGUAGAGUAGCUCCUCCAAAGGGUAGCUCUUCCCAGGAUAGAGGUAGCAGGUAGGCAUUGGUGGUAUAGAUGUGCGAGAAACCGUAAAAGAUAGAAAAAGAAUGAAAACAAACAAAAAAAAAAAAGGUAAAAGCUUAAAAAAUAUAAUAAAUGGUCAGACACAUAAAUUAGGUGAAUGCCAAAUAUAUUUAAUGCUUAAAAUAACUGGUAUAAAAUAACACAACGCGUUUCGUCUACUAAGGACUCUCUAAAGGGUUAUUACAAAGGGAUCAUACAGAGUUUUAAUAUGACAGUAUAAACUUUCUUUUCUUUACUUCUGUACCUAUCCCAAAAUGCAAUGCACAAAAAUGUAAGUAAUCUUAUAUAGGCACUGUGCCUGAUGAAAGUUUUCUAAGUUUGCCUUCUAAUAUGUAGACAGUGCAAAGCAUUAUAUAUGUUUGUAUUGCACAUUACCAAGAUGUUUGUCUUGUGACAGAGAGAAGAAAUAGGUGUCCGCCCCCUCCCAGACCAUCACACAGCAUCAUACUCACAAAUCUCACCAGACAUGGAAACGGUGAAAUUGUGCGCUACGAGUGUGACCAAAACUAUAAGUUAAUUGGAUCAGAAGAAAUAAAGUGUGAAAAUGGUCUUUGGUCAAAUCCUCCAAGUUGUGUGGGUAAGUAGUAUAACUCUGUACAAAUAAUGUGCAAAGUAUAGUAAUUAAUGCAGGGCUAAAUGUAUGGUUUUAAAUCAGAACCAUCCCUUUCAUGGAAGUGAUAGCUGUUCCUAUAUUCCAGUAAAUGUUAUUGUAGUAUUUAGUAAGAUGAAUAAAGCAGUGGAGGGAAGUAAAAAAACAAACAUACAUUUGACCACUGAGUUGUAGUCAUCUUUGUUACCCCAUGAUCCCUUGGGUAGCUUUCAUCUUUUCUACAUCUAUUAUCUCUGUCUACUUCCUAUAUCUAAUAUGGUACAAAAACCAAAAAAGUGUUGAGUGAAAAAAGUACUUAACUUAGUACAAAACAGCUUCCCAAGAGGCCUUUCCCGUCAGCGCCCCUUUGAUAAACAGGUGGAUAUAUAAAUAUGGGAUACAGUUUGAUAACUAAAACACAAAAAAUAAACACACAGCAAUGUAUUGUAACAUGGAUUGGAAAUGGAAAAUACUGGUUGCACUCACAAGAUUGUAGAUAAAAGAGCACCUGGAAGCCAAAAAUGGCCAUGAUGUUCCCCUCUCCUCCUUUGCCUGGAAGCAAUGACUUUUGUAGAGCAGGAAUCAGGGUCAGGAAUCAAUACAAAAUGAUUUAUUAAGGCAAUAAAAAGCCUUUAAAUGAUAAAAGGUAUAAAAUCAACAAACAUAACAUUCAUGAUAUCUAACGCGUUUCUUCCACUCAAGGUGGACUUCCUCAGAGAUAAAAUUCAAUAAGCAAUCAUAAGCAAUGCAAUGUAUAAUAACAAUCCCCCCACACAGUGUCUCUUAUGUUGUACCAGUCCUUAAUGUUGAUUAAAGAAUCAUCCAGGAGGUUAAUUGGGUCCAGUCUCUGUCAGAUUUCCUUUGUGGUUAUGCUUAGACUUGUGCAUUCAGUUUCAAAUGAAUUGCAGUUUAUCCCAAUCACCUAAUGAAUGAACCACGAAACAGACAAUGGGCGAGUCAUUUCAUUUAAUUCAAAUUCGGAGUGCAGUAUAUGGUGUCAAAAAAAAGAGAUGAUUGAUGAGAAAAAAAGGUGACUGAUAGUGAUAGGGGAGUGAGAAGUGACCAUUUUUACAGAUCGAGUGAGAAGUGACCAACUGAGGGGAAAAAGUCAGAAAGCCUGUCUGUCUGUCUGUAUAUCUAUCUAUCUAUCUGUAUCUAUCAUCUAUCUAUCUUAAGUAGUAAUAUAUAUAUAUAUAUAUAUAUAUAUAUAUAUAUAUAUAUUAAAUUUUUAUUUAUUUUUUACUGAUUCUCCUCUUUUUCCUUCUAUUGAUCUGUGACCCAAAUGGCAGGAAAAUGCACCUAUCACUGCAAAAUAUACACAUAAUUGUGGUCAGGACAACAAAAGCUGUAACAUGGCUCAAUAACCCUAAACCAAAGUCGGUUGAGGUGUGUCAGAACUGACAGUCGGGAUGGGCCUGUAAAGAAAAGAGGGCAAAAAGAGAAUUGAACACUAAUAACAUUUUAUAUGUUAUAAUACAUCAGAAAAUGGUCAAAUGACCGUAUGUGUGUCUCUUGCACAGACGAUGGAAUAUACCUUGUAUAAACUGCAGAUUUCCAGCGACACAUAGGUUUAAUAAUGUAAGUAGGGGCAUUGUUUUAGGCUACUGCAGCCACCCCAAUCCUAAAUGAAUGCCCUUAGGAUUAAGCCUUAACCUGAUAACCAAGCACCUAAAAUAGAAUAUAAAUUUACAGGUAAACUAAGAAGGGGGCAAUUAAAUGGUUUCUGCACCAGGUAUAACUUUAAUUUAAUUCAUCCAGAAUUUUAACAGGGCACCACUGUUUCUGGGUAGGCUAAUACUGGCUAUGCCAGGUUCAGUCUGAUUGGUCUGUGUGUGUGGUAAUGUAAGAUUGCAGAAGCCGUCUACUUUCACCUGGUCAAGAGCAGAGAGCCCCUGGCUAGAAUUAUUACAGACUAUGAACUUGCGUGGCUGGAGGAACCCAUAGAAAGCCAGGUAUAUGGCUGCGUGAAUGACGGUUUUAGUGUAGUGCUCGAAGGAGGAUUUGUCCUGGGUGAAAAUUGAAACAUCUAUCGGUAAAUGUCUUGUGGGACGCCUAAUUUCUAUAUACCAUGAAGAACUGACUUUGCAGGGUAAAAGGGCAUAAAUGCUGCGUGAUUGAGGAAACAUAAGAGCAUGAAUUGUUGUACCCCCAUGACAUAGAAUUUAACUGUGAUAUGUAAGAGACUUAAAGGGACACAAUAGUCGCCAGAACAACAGCUUAAUGUAGUUGUUCUGGUGAGCAUAAUCAUUGCCUCCAGGCAUUUUUAUGCAAAUAUUGCCUUUUCAGAGAAAAGGCAGUGUUUACAUUGGCCCUUGUUGCAAUUACCCAAAACGUUUCACCACAUUGGUAGAUCUGCUUUAGCUGGGAUGUCUAAAUUAACCCUAGUGUCAUCAUCGGGAAGAAGUAAAAAUAAAUCUAAGAGUCUAGAAACAAAGGCUCUUCAAAGCAAAGACUGGAGUUGUUUACAUGUGCAGUGGUUUGAAGUAUGAAGACUGAGUGUGCUGGGCCCCCUUUGCAGUAUACAGGCACCCGUGGCCUCACCAGACCACCAGGGAAUGCAAUUUUCCCCCUCCCUUGCCACAGGUAGGAAACAGGAAGGGGGGAAUAAUAUUUAUUAAAAUAAAUGUGGAAAAAAAUGCUCUUUUUUCUCGCCUAAUUUUCACAACAUUUACACAAACUACAUUCACUACACUAACAAACACUCUGUAUUCACUACGCAAACACACACUCUGCAUCCACUAAACAAACUCACACUUUGCAUUCACUAAACAAACUCCCUCUCUGCAUGCAUUCACUAUAAAUAUACAACAUCCACUACACACACUAUAUACACACACACACAUGCAGAUACACACUCUGCAUUCACUAUACACACAGCAUCCACUACACAUCCAAACACUCUGCAUUCACUAUGCACAGACACUGAAUCUAAUACACACACUAAAGAAUACAGGCAAUGAUUGGUUCUGGCUCAGGACCAAUGAUCUUAAAGGACCACUAUAGGCACCCAGACCACUUCAGCUUAAUGAAGUGGUCUGGGUGCCAGGUCCAGCUAGGGUUAACCCUUUUUUUUUAUAAACAUAGCAGUUUCAGAGAAACUGCUAUGUUUAUAAAUGGGUUAAUCCAGCCUCUAGUGGCUGUCUCUUGACAGCCACUAGAGGCACUUGCGUGCUUCUCACUGUGAAAAUCACAGUGAGAAGACGCCAGCGUCCAUAGGAAAGCAUUGUGAAUGCUUUCCUAUGGACUGGCUGAAUGUGCGCGUGGCUCCUGCCGUGUAUGCGCAUUCAGCCGAAGAGGAGGAGAAGAGGGAGGAGCAGAGCUUCCCGUCUGGCACUGGAGAAAGAGGUAAGUUUAACCCCUUCCUCUCCCCAGAGCCCGGCGGGAGGGGGUCCCUGAGGGUGGGGGCACCCUCAGGGCACUAUAGUGCCAGGAAAACGAGUAUGUUUUCCUGGCACUAUAGUGGUCCUUUAACUGGUGGUAUAUUUAAACCUCCUGUAUCGUUGGCUAGUUCCCCCUGAAGAGCCGCCCAAACCGGCGAAAUGCAUGUCGGGGCUCUACCUUGGACACUACAGCUAUUGAUUUUGCUACCUUGCCGCCAGUUAAUCUUUACCCUUUCCACAAGAAGGAAGGAUCCUCCUAAAUUGUUAAUCUGGUCCAGGGGUAAUUAGAUCACAGUGCUGCUACAAUAGUGAUAGUUAGUUUUGGCUUAUCUGAGCCCAGGUGCCCUCGAAGGCACAGGACAGACGUUCACACCGAUAGUGUAUUGCAGCACUGCCCUCUACUUAUACCAAUUCUCUUUUUCUGGUAUUACACUUACCAAUAUACUUCUUGAUUACUUAGGCUCUUUUAAAGAGCACUAUUUAGUUAAUGCUCCCCCAUUUACCUCCUCUCUCGGAGUGAGUUUUGCAAAACUGUUGCUCUUCAGCCAGUAAUUGUAUUAUAUUAGCAAUAGCUUGGACUAUUGAAGGUUGAGCAUUACUCACUAUUAUGAUACCUUUGUGAACGAUCAUUUCCAAGUUAGAAUCACUUGGUGAUUCAGAGCUAUAAAUUAUUUUUAGACCAAGCAUUAAAUACGAUUUUGUUGCUUGGAUUCUGACUCACCUACGAUUAUACCAUAUUUUGACACCAGUGUAUAUACUUUAUAAAAAAAUUUGUUUUAUUAUUCCUUUUUCUCAUUCAUUACACUUUAGGGUGCGCAAGAUUUCUAAUCUUAUUGUUAUUUUUAUGUAUAUAUAUUUACACAUUGUUUUUUUGUUUUGUUUUUAGUGAUCCACUAACUGACCUAAGUUCUGUUUAUUACAUAUCUACUCUUUCUCUCUUAAUACAUAUCCAAUAAAGGUUAAGUUGUAUACUGGCAUUUUGUGGUGAGGGCAUUUAGUCAGUCUAGUUCAUUAUCAAUUUUUUUGUAAAUAAAUAUUUCUAUUUUGCAUUUGGCAGAACUUAAAGGAAUUCUGAAAUGUGGCAAGCCACCUCCUAUAGAGAAUGGAGACAUAAUUAAUGAUCUGGAAACUUAUUAUAGUGGUGAUAUGGUUAACUAUCAGUGUACACAUGGAUACAGAAUAAACGGAAUGAAUAAAAUAAUCUGCAAACUGGGCAAAUGGCCAGAGCCACCUACGUGUGUUGGUAAGUAGCAAAAAGGUAGAUACCAAAUCAGAUAUGAGUGGUUUAUCCACAUAUGGAAAGCCAUAUUCCUAUUGUGCUUUUAUACCCCACCACCUCUUGAUUGUAAGCCCGGUUUGUCUCAUUUGUUGUUUAAGUCCCCUUAAUAAUAUUGUAAUGCACUGUGGAAUAAGGUGGAGCUAUAUAAAUGCCAUUAACAAUAAUACCACUUCCUUCAUACUGUUGGUGAACAUCACUUUUCCUACAAAGUAUGUUAAACUACACUAAAAUAAUUUUUGCCUAAAAAUACAAAAACUAUUAGAUUUUUCCUAAAUCUGAUACUUAUAAUGGAUCCAUUUUUUUAAAUUUUUUUUACAUUUAAUUAGAGAGACCAAUAGAUCAUUUAGGAGGAAAGUUGAGCUUCGAUCCAUAAAAUUACAUGUACACAACCAUUAAGAAGGUUUAACUAAUGAUCUUUCUUCCCUUCUCAUUUUAAACACCGGAGAUGAACCUUACUGUUAUCCAUGAUAUAGACAUAAGGGGAAAAGUGAGAUUGUGGCUGCUGUUGUUCUAUGUAAUGACUUCCAAUGAUCUUAGAAAGUACUGAAGGAAACUUAAUUUGUUUGGCUUAUAUUGUGGUUUGCAAGGUUUGUAUUUUUGGAUUAUCGAUCACAAUUUCUAGAUCCCUUUUUUUUAAUUGUUAUGUAGUCAGAAUUAAGUACUGCUAGAUGCCAAACCACUGUUCUUUAUCAUUUUUUAGUUAGCGAUGAGUACUGCCCGAUGCCUCCAUCAAUCAAAAAUGGGGAGCCUUUUGACCCUCCAUCUGCAAACUAUAGUGUGGGCUCUUCAGUAGAAUACAUGUGUCACAGCUACCACUUAAUGGAGGGGUCCAAGACUAUUACCUGCUUAGGUGGUUCCUGGUCUCAACUGCCAACCUGUUUAGGUAAGACAUGUUUAUCAGUUUCAUAAGUUUUAUUGGGUGUAAUUGUCUAUUGAAUGGACAUAUUUUCCACAUUAUUGAUCAAUUUUUGUUGAGAAGAUAACCUUGUGUCACUUGCUACAUAUGUACCUUAUGUCACUAAAUGACAGAGAGUACCAAAAGUUGUACAGUUACAGUGAGGGAAAAAAGUAUUUGAUCCCCUGCUGAUUUUGAACAUUUGCCUACUGACAAAUAAAUGAUCAGUCUACAAUUUUAAUGGUAGGUGUAUUUUAACUGUGAGAGACAGAAUAACAAAAAAAAAAUCCAGAAAAAUGCAUGUCAAAAAAGUUAUAAAUUGAUUUGCAUGUCAAUGAGUGAAAUAAGUAUUUGUCCCCUUCCACUUAGUACUUGGUGGCAAAACCCUUGUUGGCAAUCACAGAGGUCAGUUUCUUGUAGUUGGCCACCAGGUUUGCACAUAUCUCAAGAGGGAUUUUGUCCCACUCCUCUUUGCAGAUCCUCUCCAAGUCAUUAAGGUUUCAAGGCUGACAUUUGGCAACUCGAACCAUCAGCUCCCUCCACAGAUUUUCUAUGGGAUUAAGGUCUGGAGACUGGCUGGGCCACUCCAAGACCUUAAUGUUCUUCUUCUUGAGCCACUCCUUUGUUGCCUUGGCUGUGUGUUUUGGGUCAUUGUCAUACUGGAAUACCCAUCCACAAGCCAUUUUUAAUGCCCUGGCUGAGGGAAGGAGGUUCUCACCCAAGAUUUUGACGGUACAUGGCCCCAUCCAUCGUCCCUUUGAUGCAGUGCAGAUGUCCUGUCCCCUAAACAGAAAAACCCCCCCAAAGCAUUAUGUUUCCACUUCAAUGUUGGACGGUGGGGAUGGUGUUCGUGGGGUCAUAGGCAGCAUUCCUCCUCCUCCAAACACAACUAGUCAAGUUGAUGCCAAAGAGCUUGAUUUUGGUCUCAUCUGACCACAACACUUUUACCCAGUUCUCCUCUGAAUCAUUCAGAUGUUCAUUGGCAAACUACAGACGGGCCUGUACAUGUGCUUUCUUGAACAGGGGGACCUUGCGGGCGCUGCAGGAUUUCAGUCCUCACAGCGUAGUGUGUGUUACCAAUUGUUUUCUUGAUGACUAUGGUCCCAGCUGCCUUGAAAUCAUUAACAAGAUCCUCCCGUGUAUCUCCCAUGUUCUGGGCUGAUUCCUCACCGUUCUCAUGAUCAUUGAAACUCCGCAAGGUGAGAUCUUGCAUAGAGCACCAGACAGAGGGAGACUGACAGCUAUUCUGUAUUUCUUCUAUUUGCGAAUAAUCGCACCAACUGUUGUCACCUUUUCACCAUGCUGCUUGGCAAUAGUCUUGUAGCCCAUUCCAGCCUUAUGUAGGUCUACAAUCUUGUCCCUGACAUCCUUGGACAGCUCUUUGGUCUUGGCCAUGGUGGAGAGUUUGGAAUCUGAUUGAUUGCUUCUGUGGACAGGUAACGAGCUGAGAUUAGGAGCACUCCCCUUAAGAGAGUGCUCCUAAUCUCAGCUCGUUACCUGUAUAAAAGACACCUGGGAGCCAGAAGUCUUGCUGAUUGAUAGGGGAUCAAAUACUUAUAUCACUCAUUGACAUGCAAAUCAAUGUAUAACUUUUUUGACAUGUGUUUUUCUGGAUUUUUUUUUUGUUUGUUUUGUUAUUCUCUCACUGUUAAAAUACACUUACCAUUAAAAUUAUAGACUGAUCAUUACUUUGUCAGUGGGCAAACGUUCAAAAUCAGCAGGGGAUCAAAUAUUUUUUUUCCCUCACUGUUUUAACUUCGCAAAAGGCAGAUUCAGUUAUUUAACUAAGUUUUCACCUUCAUGACACUGCCAUUCGGCUGUCAUGUAACAUACGACAUCGUGAUUUGGCUAAUUACAAACAGCAGAAUUGCAACCAAACUGUCUUUAUUCGGUCUUUAAAAUUCUCUAACUCCCCUUAAAGCUACAAAAAAAUCCCAAUUACCCUAAAUGGAUUCCUCAACUCUAAACCCCCUCUCCUCAAAUCUACUCUUACACUAGCAGUAUUUUAUAGGUUUAUUAUAGCAGGAAAUUCAGUUACAAACCAGCUGGGAUUUAGUUGAAAUUCCCUUGAGCUCAUUUGAAAUCAAUCUAACUGCAGAAAUGAGACCCAUUUUAAAUUAAAAGGGAUGCAUUUGGCUCUGUCCGAUUGCUAAUGAAUACAGUGAAACAGUGUUAAUUUUGUCGACUAACAAUUUUAGUCAAUUAAAAUGUUUGAGAUUUAGUUGACUAAAACUAGACAAAAACAAUUCAGAUGAUUAAAAUAUGACUAAGACUAAACUGAAAUUUGCUGCCAAAAUUAAAACUGAAGGGUGUAACACAUGGCGGAGGGAGGAGCAUAAAUUAGACACAUGGGGGCCAAGGAAUUAAAAUACAUGAAGGACUAAGGGAAUGAGACACAUGGGGAGGCUGGGGAAAUGAGACACAUGGUGGCCUGGGAGAAUGAGACACAUGGAGGUAUGGGGAGAGAAUGAGACAUGUGGAGGGGCUGGGAGAGGAAUUGAGACAAGUGGGGGAAUGAGAUGCAAGAAGGGGCUGAGGGGAUACAAUGCAACAUAGAGGGGCUGGGGAAAAAAGAGACAAGGUGCUGGGGGGUAAGAGCCCCACUAAUGGGGCUAUGGCGAAAAAGAGACACACAGACUAUAAUGUUUGACAUUUAGUCGACUAAAACUAGACUAAAACUAAAACAAUUCAUAUGACUAAAAUUAAAAUGGCUUUUUAGUCAAAAGACUAAAACUAAAUUGAAAUUUGCUGCCAAAAUUAACACUGCAGUGAAAUGCACAGGAAUUUUAACAGACGAAUGCAGGGGAACUGAGUGAAAUUACAAGACCUUUAGUGAAUAGAACCAAUACUUCUAUGUAAUUAGAAUGUUAGUUGCACAAAUCACAUCAUUUGUAGGAUCUUUCUAAAGGUCUUUCCCAAUAUGCCAUACAGUUUAAAUGCAAGACUCAUAUUUAAAUAUAUGCCUACAACGUAUGUGUUACAAAUGAUUUAAUUUUCAUUGCAGAGCCCUGCACUGUGACUGUAACCCAGAUGAGACAGAGGAAUAUAGAACUCCGAUGGAGCUUUGAAAUAAAUUCUCCAUUUAUGCAUGGUGAAUUGGUGGACUUUAAAUGUAUAGAAGGGUUUGACAUGUUGCAGUCUUCUGGACUAAAGGUGCUGUGUCAAAGGGGACAGCUUCAAUAUCCCUCCUGCAGUAAAAGAGGUAAUGUUACUUUGCUAUGGCUUUCUGUUUUGUUCCUACUAGUUCUGUUUGUAUUGAAGCCUAAUAUCAGGACUUACUGUAAGGGCAUCCCCCUUCAGAUCCGUUGACAUAUCAAUUGAGGGGAAGGUGUGGGGCCGUAGUGCAUCCUCAUGGCUGCCUGUGUCCACCAGCAGGAGCCAUAUCAUGUAUUCAGGGCAACCUGAUGCAUCAGGAUGACGUGCAUGCUCGGACCACCCAGGGUGCAUGGUUAGGCCCACACCUUAGUAACCCCAAUCCUCCAUGUAUGUUAUGAAGGCUGAGGGUGGUUCGGAGGCUUGACAUGGGGGGCAUAGCUAUGCUAAGGCACCCUAUUUAAACUCAGAAGAGCUUUUUUCUUUUUAAAGAUUGUUUAUUUGUGUGUUUUAAUUUACUGUGAGUUCAGUGAGAUAUAUUUAUAUUGGUACAGAAAUAACUUGUAACAGAAGAUUGUAACGUAGUCUGGAGCUACCAGUUUCGGGGACUUUUGUGUCUCAGGUUGUUACAGUACCCUUCGGUUAAACCUGUUCAGUGUCUAUGGGGCUCCCUUGUGUCCCCUUGAGGAGGGGUGUGUCAUAGUCCGUUAGACAGGGCACCUUCAGGGGAGUACAGCCUGACCCUGGUGAACAGCUGAGCUUUGAUUGCUAAGUUGGUCUUUGCAUUAGCUGUGGUCACUUGGCUGCAUAUGGACUUCCUGGUACUUGACCCAUGGCUUGGCUUAAUGUUAGUGACUCUUGCUGCCUGGAUUUAGAAUCCUUGAAUUACUUGACUAUGUUGCCUAAUUUUCCCUUAUUGGAUUUGUUUGCCUCGGACGUUCCUUUGCCUCAGACUCUCCUUUGAUUUACUUCCUCUUGGGUUCCACUCCCUACAACUUCCUGACACCUACAAGGAUCAUUCAUACAGCCGUUUAAAGACAAAUAAUCUUUUAACAAAGGCAACAAAUAGUGUGGUUUUCACCUGAAAUUGUCCAUACAGUGAUGUGCGGCAGAAUUGUCAGAUUGACUGAGCUGUACGACAGACUUCCAAUACAAGGCAGGAAUCUACAUAUCACUUGUUAAAUGUAUACCAAACACAGACCUUACCCUUCUGAAGAUAAAAAAAAAGAUUUAAGCAAAAAGAGACAGUCAAAAAAUUAAUGAUCUCAAGAAAUUAAUAAUGUGCUCCUCAGGCCUCAGAAAGGUGCUGAAAUUAAUGUGACAACAUUUUCUGAGUAGCUACUCUGAUACAAUAGACAAGUUGCCUUCUCAGGGAAUGAAAUAUACAUAGCUUGAAGCUUCCAUAUGUGUUCACUGUGUCCACAAUGUUUCUCUGUGUUUCAUUGGACAUUGUUCAGCAUGAACAUUUGCAUAAAAGUGGUUGGACCUUUCCAGAAGGGUUUGGAUCAGCUUAGCUGCAGAACUUGAAGAAGAGGAAGGAUUUUAGGGACAUGUGGAAAUUAUUUUGAAAAAACAAUAAAUGUAUAUUUUAAACUUUAACUGCAUUGUUCAAGUGCUAUGCAUAUUUCCUUCCCUGAGAAGGCAACUUGUCUAUUGUAUCAGAAUAGCUACUCAGAUGCCUUGCUGACAAUGCAGGAUUCAAAGAAUUAAUUUUUCCUGCCAUGUUUUGAUUUCUUUUUUUAAUCUAACUAAUCUCACACAGGAGGCUGCUUUGCACUAGUAGGUAACUGGAAGGGAUGAAGAUACAAAUGUCUAAAGUAAACACACUCUAUUAAGAUAGUUUUGAAAAUUAAACCUUUUUUUCAGGAAGUGGGAAGGCAGACUGUGUGAAUCACAGCCAGUGGAGAUGUUACUAGAACUACAGGAAUAGUUAUUUAUUUGCUGAACUAAGCAUUGAGACUAUAGGGGCACGAUUUAUGCACCAAAAUCACUUCUCUAAACUAAGCUUGUUUUGGUGCUUAGAGUAUCCUUGAACUCUGGCUACGAGUACACUAUGACAAAUGCUGUUAGGAGUACUUAUCUGUUUCAUUUAAGCAGUUUAACUAUUUUUUCUUUCCCAGAUAAUGUGAAAGCAUGUGGAUCCCCUCCUAUUGUUCGAUACAGUGAAGUCAAUGUAGCGCAGGAAUCCUAUGUGUCAGGCUCAUCGGUUAUAUACAGCUGUUUAGAAUUUUAUUUUCUAAAAGGCUCCAGGACUGUGCAUUGUUCCAAUGGAGAAUGGGAAUCUCCACCAACCUGUAUUGGUAAGUAUGUUUUUAUUAAUUAUCUUUGGCCUUCCAUAUUCCACCAAAGCAUAAUAAAUCAGUCAUAAAUUUGAUCAGCCAAAUACUUUUAUGAAAAUUUUCUAGUCUUUUUUGUUGUUCAUUCUUCCUUUUAGUUCUUUAUACCCAAUGCAUGAGAAAUAUUAAUGUUCUUGAUAAAACAUAAAAAUAAUAGGUUGUUUCUGUGAUUUUUCUGCUUUGGACAUUUGGUGGAUUAGAUAUAAACUAAAAUAACCCUCUCAGCACUAAUCCUCUGGCAGAAUUAGAAUUCAAUCUUACAUUAACUUUACUGAUCAAAUGUAAAUCACUGCUAGCCACAGAGGCAGAUGUAUAUCUCAUGUGUGCCCAAGAUCUCAAACAUCGCAGAUAUUACAUGUUAAAAUUGAAUGAAAAGUAGACUAAAUAAUGGCAGUCUACCCUGAAAAUGAACAUCACUAUAAAAGUCAGAUACCCACAAUUAAACAAUCAAUCCCACUGCAGCAGAUGGAAAAUAAAUGGUGCCCAAAUAGAAAGGAAUGGAAGUGAGCUACCCAAAAUGGAAGUGUCAAUCCCACUGCAGCAGAGGUACCAAACAAAGGGUGGAUCAACAAAUGAUCCACAGCACCUUGGCUUGAUGUGUGCAUUGUGGAAUAAACCUUUCUCCACUAUAAUCCAGUGAGAGGUGCCUGAGAGGCUCUGCUUAGCUCAGUGGAGCUAACCAGAAUCUCCCUUCAGAAGAGUCCAGAAGCAGAGCUGCAGCUGUGGGUGCCCAUGGGGAACAGGUAAGUUGUCAAACUGUUCUUAACCCUUUCACUACCAAGUAACUUUAGUUUAAGGGAUACUAUAGUGUUAGGAAUACAUACUUCUAGGCCUAACACUAUAGUUUCCUCUGCUUCCCUUGUGCUUCCCCACCCCUGCCUCCUCUGAGAUUAUACAACAGAGAGGGGCUAAUGUGCAUGUGCGGCGAGCGCAUUAGGCGCUCUUUAUAGGAAAGCAUUAAGUCAAUGCUAAAGUCCGGUAGAAUCUCUAAAUCAGCUCUAGUGGCUGUCUUAGUGCUACAAUGGAAACAUUGCAAUUUCUCUAGAACUGCAUUUUUUUAUAUUGCAGGACAAAGGGCAAUAGGGACACUGUACCCAUACCACUUCAAUAAGCUGAAGUGGUCUGGGUCCCUUUAAAAAAAUAUUAGCAUAAAAAUUUAUUUGAAACAAAGGAUGCAUAGCUGGCAAAUAAGAGUUUACUGAAACAGCAAUUGUGUGUACAUAUUGCCUUUCAGAUAUAAAUACAAUUUUGUUUAUAGAAAUAUUUAGGGAUUAAAAACCUUUAGACAGUAUAAAUAUUUAACACAGACUCUGAAGGCAUUACUAGUACUACAUUUUAAUGAAAAUAGCAACAGAAUGUAAAACAAAUAUCUACAUUUUAACCUAAUACCCAGAUAUAGUGAAUACAGUUAAAUCAUAUAAUUCUAAAAUAUAUAAUAUAUAUAUAUAUAUAUAAAAAAAAAAGUUUCUUAAAAAUAGUAACUCAAUUAUUUAUCACUCUCUGGAAUGAUAAAGUAACCAUUCAUUCCACCCCUUUCCCUGAAAGCAAGAAUGGUAUCACCCAUUCUUUACUGCUUGGAAGGAUGUGGUGAGCAGGUGAGCUGAAAUUUUCAGCACACUUGUAGGCAUUAAGUGAGUGACCAGCGGUUUCUGGUAGAUAAAUUCAUUCUUCUACAGGCUGGUAAUCAUUCCUAGACUAUAAACGAGGGAGAGCAAGACUUGGGCUAAUGUGAGUAUGGACUAAAUUUUAUCCUCCAAAAUACAGGAAAGUAAAUGUUUAUUCUCCAUUCUGACGGUUAAGGGGUUAAACAGUUUGGAGUUUGUUUUUAGUUAGGUACACUGGUAGCAGUAAGGCAAUGGAUCCAGUUCUUACCAUCCUGAUCCAUUUUGUUUACUGUGGAUUCUGUAACGGUGCAUUUGCUUUACAGUUUUAUGUUGGAUGUAAUCUUCUCUCUAAUGUCCCGAUAUUUUUUUUUAUUCCUGUACAUGCCCACUCCUGCCUAAAUAAUUAUAAAAAUGUGUGUGUGUGUGUGUGUGUGUGUAUAUAUAUAUAUAUAUACACACACACACAUUUACAGUGCAGGUGCUUAUCCACAUUUAAUUAACUACAAAGUAGCAUUUUACACUAGUUAUACUACUGAAUACAAAGUAUUUUUCCCUGGUACAGUUUUCAGUACACCAGCAGUCCUUAAUUUUGUCACUGUCUGAAAUUGAAAAGUGGCCAAGUGAUACAUUUAGACAGAGGCAAAUAUAUUACAGAUACCUUAAAGCCACUGCACUAGCAAACUAGAUGCUUGAAAAAUGGUACAGAUCAGUAAGUGUCUUUUAACUUUAGCACUAUAUUUCUACACAACUAUAUACUACAAUUUGUGAAAACCAAUGUUUUUUUCUUCUAGUAAUUCUUAGUGACCACUUACCACAAUAUAACUAUUAUACACAUUUCAAUUGCAGAGCCAUGUAUCUUAUCCAAAGAAGAAAUGGAGAGAAAACAUAUCAAACUGCGGUGGAGUUUGGAUAACAAUGGGAAAUUUUACCAUGGAGAAUUUGUUGAGUUUGUAUGUAAAGAGGGGUAUAGAAAUAUACAAGCGAUUGCAAUGUUUUCACUUAGAAGCCAGUGUAACAAUGGAAAGCUUAUAUAUCCAGAAUGUGAACAGAGGUAG